GUCCCACCACCCACUUACUAGCGUCGAUAUAUCGCCUACCUAUAUGACUAGGAUACAGACCUACAACACAAUCAACUACCACUAAAUUCUUUAUAACCCCUUCUACAAGUCCCAACGGGUGAUUACAUCAUUGAGCAAAAGAGAAAAAUGGCAGACGCCGAGCCCCUUUACGUCUACAAGCUGAUUCCCUCGACGUCUCCGGUACGGGAACCUCUCCCCGAUCGGCUGCCGGUUAGCGAGCUGGAUGAGAAAUCGGGAUUCGUACACCUCUCGACAGCAUUUCAAGUACCGAAUACCCUCAAAAUGUUCUUUAAAGACGAGCCGCUGGUCUACGUGCUCCGGAUUCCCUUUGAGAGCAUAGCCGGCCAGGUCCGGUGGGAGAAUCCUGACGGGACGGUCUGUGGACCGCGACCGAAAGAGGGCUUGUUCCCACAUCUGUACAAUGAUCUCAAGCUGGGUAAGGAUGAGGUAGAGACUGUUGCUAUCUGGAAGAAUGAUGAGGGCUGGGAUAAAGCCCUCCUGCAGGCGAAACCGUGGCUGUUGUAUUGAUCGCAUUACAAAUCACUCAACUCCCAUGAACUAUCAUACAUGUACAUAUUUUCACAUCAAAUGGUUUAGAGGUACGAGGACGCCCUGGAGCUAACUUUAGAAAUGAAACGAUUG